AUGGCGCAGCAAGAAAAUCAACUGGAAAGAGAAAGAUUCUGCUGUCCGAUCUGUCUGGAUCUACUGAAGGAUCCGGUGACUACUGGCUGUGGACACAGCUACUGUAUGAGCUGUAUUAACACCCACUGGGACAAAGGGGAGGAGAGAGAAAGCUACAGCUGCCCUCAGUGUAGACAGACCUUCACACCAAGGCCUGUCCUGGUGAAAAGCACCAUGUUAGCUGAUUCACUGGAGGAGCUGAAGACUGCACUCAAAGCUGCUCCUGUUGAAGAUGUGGCCUCUGAUGUCUGCACUGGGAGAAAACGGAAAGCUCUCAAGUCCCGUUUGGUUCGUUUGGCCUCUUAUUGUAAAAAACACCUCCAGCCUCAUCUUCAGUUAGCUCCAUUUAAGAAGCACAAGCUGGUGGAGCCCUCGGAGAAGCUCCAGGAGUUCAUCUGCUCUCGUCACGACGAGGUGAUGAAGAUGUUCUGCCGCACUGAUCAGCAGUGUAUCUGUUAUCUCUGCUCUGUGGAGGAACAUAAAGACCACGACACAGUGUCAGCUGCAGCAGAAAGGACUGAGAGGCAGAGAGAGCUCUGGCUGAGGAGACUAACAAUCCAGCAGAGAGUCCAGGACCGAGAGAAAGAUGUGAAGCUGCUUCAACAGGAGGAGGAGGCCGUCAAUGGCUCUGCUGAUAAAGCAGUGAAGGACAGUGAGAAGAUCUUCACUAAGCUGAGCCGUCUGCUGAAGAAAAGAAGCUCUGAUGUGAAGCAGCAGAUCAGAUUCCAGCAGGAAACUGAAGUGAGUCGAGUCAGAGAGCUUCAGGAGAGACUGGAGCAGCAGAUUAGAUCCCAGCAGGAAACUGAAGUGAGUCGAGUCAGAGAGCUUCAGGAGAGACUGGAGCAGGAGAUCACUGAGCUGAAGAGGAAAGACCAUGAACUGAAGCAGCUCGCAGACACAGAGGAUCACAACCAGUUUCUACACAACUACCCCUCACUGUCGUCUCUCACACCAUGA